GUUGUUGUAGUGAAACGUAGUACAAUACAUCAGCUGCUUGUUGAUACUGUAUAAUACAGAUAAAGAAUAUCUCGACAAAGAAACACAUAUGCAAUGUCUCAUAACCGAUCACAAACUUAUAACGAACGCAGUGCAGUAGGAGGACGAAGUUCGCCAUCACCAACAAAAAGAAAGCGCUUUCUAUCACUUCCAGGUUUAAAUGUUGCCAAGCCAAGCAAACCUCAAUGGAGUGAGCAGGAAAAGAAGAAAUUUCAGGCAUUUCUUGGGGAAAUCUUAAGGACAGGAUGUUUGAAGGGUUUCAAGUAUUUUGCCCUGACAUUAAGAGGCAGAGAAGAACUGAUAUGCAGGGUGUUAAAUGAGCCAAUGUCACCAGAGGUCCUUCAGUACUAUAGAUCACCAGCAUCAGCAAAAAUGAAGUCAGGAUCCUCUAGUUUUACCUUUGAUAAGCCAGAAAAUGUGCCACGGAACUCGGAAUCCUUGCUUCUUUCACAAAACAGUCAGCUUGAAAGAUAUGGGAACUAUGGAGAUUUAAUGGAUGUUGGUUUACCUCCAGCAAGUCCAAGUGAAAAAGAUGUAGACGUCCAGGACAACAAGUCGACUUUGUUCCUCAUUGCUGCCUACGCAAGAUACAACUAUCCAUAUGUAUGGAUACGGUCCAAUCACCAAAGAAUAGUUCAACUAACUGGAAAAAGUGAAGCUGAAAUUGAACAACAGAAAGACAGCCCAUUGAAACUUAAGUCAACUGAAAACUGGCGAAAAAAAGGAACAAAGCUUUGGGAGAUUAUAGCUGAGGUUGUUCACAUGUGCAUGUUCCCCUCACCACUGAACCCAUUUGCUGUCGACCACCGUUAUUUUGACAGCUUGCCGCUGGCUGAAAGAAUUAUUGCAACUGGUGCAAUUGCAAACUUUUUACAAGAAAUCCUAGCUGACGGCAACCAUCCAUACAAUGCAAGAGUAUUUGAUGACCUGCAUGAGAUUACUCGGCGUCAUUUUAGGGAUCUUCACACGAUAGCCUUAAACAAGCUGGAAGAAGAAAGAUUAAGAGCGUAUGAAGAACAAAGAAGGCGCGAUGCACAAUCUCGUAUGAAACAUCUUAAUCGCCCGUAUAUUUCAGUUUAUCCACAAUUCCCGUAUCAGGGUUAUUAAACAACAAAAUAACUAGAAUAAACAUCCUUAGAAUUAUUUAAACCAUGCAUAGAGAUUUGGAACGCCGGAUGGAUGUUACUGGGCUUGCAAAUUGUUAGAGUACAAUUUGUGGAGCAAUGAAAACUAAAAAAGGACUUGAGAAGGCAUAGAAUUCGUGACUUGAAACUUCCACCUAUAUUUCUUGUUUUUUUUUUAUUUAUUUCACAUAACGUUUGCACAAUUAGUUGUUCAUUUCUAUGUAUAUAUUAGAACGCUGUAUACAUAUGUACAUUUUACAUAACUUAUUUUGGAAAUCAUGGGUUUGUUACUGUUGAUGAUAAGGCAAAAUGUAGAGACCAAAACUGGUUGUUUUUAUGGUACUUCGCCGGACCACAAGACUAUGUACGAUUUUGUCGGUUUUAAAAGUUAUAAAGGACUGCCAGAAAUAUCUUGCAAAAUGCAUCGGUCAAAAUUUCACAACCCUAACAAAUUAAAUACGAAAUUGGCAAAAAUGAAGACUAGCUUUUCUCCUAAUCUUCUUGGUAAUGAUACCGAUGUAUAAUAUACUCGAACUGUUAA